ACAGUGGGCCGAAGAAAAGGGAAGAGCAAAAGCAGCCCUGUCUAGAACGAGUGGAAAAUCAAAGUGGGAGAAGACGAGGAGAAGUGUAACAAAGACAAGACGGAGAGAGAGAGCGAGAAGGAGAGAAGGAGAGAAGGAGCCUCAGAGUCUGCACAAAGGUUGAACUGGAAAAAAGUUUGAAGCUGCCCAACAAAAGAAGAAGAGGGGGUUUGAAGCCGAGAGGGCCCCGACAUUCACAGAGAGAACAGGAUGUCGACACUGCCUUCAGACUGCAGCGUUGGAGAUGUCAGCAGCCACAGCUUCUGGAUGCCUGGGAACUUCCAUGCCACGGUGAAGCGAACAGAAGACGCCUUCCAGGCCUGCAAUGACAUCGUGGCGUGUUUCCAAGAGAGAGCUCGUGUGGAGAGGCAGUACGCCCAGCAGCUCAGUGAGUGGAGCAACAAGUGGAAGCCAGUGGUGGAGGCCAGUCCGCUGUACGGCUCCAUCCUGAAGGCGUGGCAGUGUUUUCUGUCCACGGCUGACCGGCUGGCCUCCUUGCACGCCUCCAUCUGUCGCUCCCUGGUGGCGGAGGAUGGUGACCGGGUCCGGACCUGGCAGAAGGACACCUUCCACAAGAAGGUGUUCGGAGGCUUCAAGGAGUCCCAGGACAUCGAGACGGGCUUCACGCACGCUCAGAAGCCGUGGGCCAAACGGCUGAAGAAGCUGGAUAAAGCCAGGAGGGCGUACCACAAAGUGAGCCGCAAGGAGCAGGUGGCCCGGGAGCGAGAGGUACACGCCGAGGGAAACCCGGACGUCGCCAUCGACAAACAGAAGAAGAUCCAAGAGGAGAGAGAGCUGGCUCAGCAGGAGGCGGAGAAGGUUCGUGCCCGCUAUGAAAAAGUCCUGGAGGAGGUGAACCGCUACGCUCCGCGCUACAUGGAAGAGAUGGAGUCCAUUUUUGACCAAUCGCAGGAUGAGGAGCGAAAGAGGAUCGUCUUCCUCAAACAGGCCUUCCUCUCCAUCCACAAGCACCUGGACAUUACCAACAAUGAGAGCGUGAGGGCCGAGUACAACCAGCUCCACAACACACUGAUGGCCAUCGAUGAACACGAGGACCUUCGCUGGUGGAAGAACACCAACGGGCCCGGCAUGCCCACCGACUGGCCUCACUUCCAGGAAUGGAUGCCUGAAAAGAAAAACAAAAAAGGGAAGAAAGAGGUGGAAAAGAAAGAAGUCGAAAAGAAAGCAACAAUAGAGAGGAGUGUGAUUAUUGGAGGAGUGAGAGUGAGAGCUAUGUAUGAUUAUGUCGGCCAGGAGACAGAUGAGCUGUCAUUUAAAGCAGCUGAGGAGUUUUUGAAGAUAGAGGACGAGGACGAUCAGGGCUGGUGUCGGGGGAUGAAAGACGACGGGUGCGAGGGGCUUUACCCGGCCAACUACGUGGAGGUGGUGUAGUUAGAGCGUCGAGACCACACGCUGAGUUUCACUGUGGAAACCUCAACCUGGUUUCACGUCUAAACGUCCGACACAUAAAGUCAAUGCUGGAGAGAGAAACACCAAAGAGCUGGUCCGUGUGAGAACGAUCACACUUAAAGAUUUUAGCAUACAGAGAUGUUUAAAAACUAUCCAGGUUGUGUAAUCUCUUGAAGGAUUUUGAGAAAUGUUUUAAUAUAUACAGUAUGCAUAGAUCACUUGUACUAAAGCCAUAUAAUACGCUUCAAUGUAAAAGAAAGUGCUCUUAACGUAUAUCUCUAGUUAUUUGGUGCUGACAUUGCUUUACUGGACUGCUAUCGUCCUGGACCUGUUUUUAUUUCUUCACACCUCAACACAAAGCCUCUCAACAAAUGAAGAAAAUAACUCGAAUACUGUGAUUCUGCCACAAGGCCUGUGUUUCUCUUCGGUGCAGGAACAGUUUGACAUUUUUUAGGAAUAUGGUUUGCUGUCAAACAUAAAAACACAAUGAGAUGGGAAGAUUGAUUUUAUUUUCCUCUCCGUGUGUGUCAGGUGUCGGGGGAACACACACUCCUGAAACUAUAUGAUGUUUACAUAAAGUGGAGACAAUCAAUAUACCGGCAACUUGUAUUCUGACACUUAUGUGUGACGAGCCCGGAGAACAAUAUCACUCUGCAGUUUCCUCUCCACAAGGCCAACAGAUACCUCCGGGGUUAACCCUUCCUCGCCAUUAUUAGAUGCGCUGAGCAACUCGCGUUGUGUAAAGCGCGAGAAAAUGCGUAAGGGGCGGGAGGUUUUUAGACUGUUUCCACUGUGGAACAAUGUUGACUUAUUUUACCUUAGUUUUGUAAGGUUAUUUUCUUAAUACAGUUUUUUCUCCUAACGCUAACCAAAUAUUUUUUUUGCAUCCCUUUUUACCUCUUUUUUUUUAACGAAACAUAAAAAGCAAGUAAACCUAGGUUUUGAUAUUUGGAAAAGAGCCUGUAUCCAUGUAAUGAGCCCAUAUUUACACGAUGUCCCCCACACAUACAACACUUCUGAGUUAGAGCGUCAGCAUUUGCACAGUCGGGAGUGAGAAUGUGCUGUUCUUGGAUAUCUGCCCAUUGUUUUGUAUUUCUGUGCCGCCACCUUUGUGGUUGAGCCUCACGGCUCUUAUCAGUGUUGUUUUCAGCCCCAGCAGGCAGCUGUCCUCCACAGCUCUGCAUACUUUCGGGCUAGAUAAGGCUCAGAAAGAAGAGUGGGUUGCCCAUUACUUGCAGAGUCGGUGGUUCAAUCCCACACUGAAUCCCAAAAUUGCUCCUAAAGGUCAGAGCACUGCCUUGCAUCUCCAUCACCACCGAGCUGUGUGAAUGAGAAGCAAACGUUUAAGCCUUCUGCCCACUACAGGAGAGAAGUGCGAUAUAAGUGCAGAUACUUCACGUGGAUACACGUGCUUUGAGAGGUCUAAUCAUGUCCCAGAUAUGAAGCUAUCUAUGCUCAGAGGGUGUCGAGAUAUUUCUCUUCUUCAUCGCCAUCUCAGUUUGACACCAAACAUUCAUAUGUACCUACAUGUCAGACUGUUCCUUUAAAAUAAGUGUUGAGGAAGAAAUAGUGUUCCUGUCUGUAUUCAUCUGUUGUUACUGUGGUACGUGUGACUCUUAUCAUGGAGGGCAUCUUUGCCAAAGUGAGGACGCUGCUGGGGUUGCCCUCCUCUUUGUCCUUCGCCUUCUUCAGUAUCCGUUUAUUUGCCGUGUGCCUUGUAAAAGCUAUGCAUUUGCAAUUGUCUUUUGGAAAUAAAAUGUGAAACUGUCAACAAACAAA